AAGAAAAAAAAAAGCAAAGUCUGCAGUACUAUAUUUUGUUGUUGUUAUUGACCCCCUCCCUUCAUUCCCAAACAUUUCUAGCGACAGAAACCUCAAAAGCAAUUCAUUUCUAGAGACAAGGUUUUGAUAUAAACAUUUUCAGGGUUUAUAUUUCACAUUAAUUAAUUUUUAAAUAAAAAGAAGAAGGAAUUGAUUCUUUGAAAAGAAGAGUGAAAAUGGAGUGUUUCGGAAGAAGUGUACGGAAAGAAAUUUGAGGGGUUUUAAUGGAUUAGUGAAAUCAUCAUCUGGGUUGGUUGAGAUCGAUUGAGAAACUGCGAAAUCGAAGAAAUCGAGCUCGAAGAAUCGUCUGAUCUUCUGAAUUUGGAUCAAACAAGUCUUGGAAUGACCUAAAAAAUUUGGUAAGAUUUCUGGGUGUUGUUUAAAUUUAGGUAAUGUAGUUAAAGUUUGAUGCUUUUAGUUUGAAUUUUGUUGUAAAGUAUGGAAAUUAGUUGUAAUAGUGAUGAUGAUAAUAAUAAUAAUAAUUUAGAUUUGAAUAUUGAUUUGAAUAAUGGAAAUGAUUUAGUGGAUAAUAAUUGUGUUAAGAAAGAGCGGGUUAUCGAUUUAAAUAUGGACGUAGAUGAUGAUGAUAAUGAUGAUGAUGAGGAUAAGAAUGAAGAUGUUGAUCUUGGUGGGUAUGUUAAGAAAGUCGAGAAUUCGAGUGAAGAUGUUCAGGAAAUACGGAUGCAGGAUGUUUUACGUAUGGGGAAUGGGAAUGUAUCGGAAAAUGAAAUGAAAAAUGUGUCUCCGAAAAGAGAGGAUGUCGAGGAUGGAAGUUUGGGGAAAGGAUAUACGGGAGGGAGGAGAGGUAGAAAGAGAAAGGUUACGGAGAGUCCACAAACUCCGAUAGAAGGUGUGUUAAGAAGGAGUGCUCGGAGACGGGCUAAGUUAUCUAUGGAAGAGGAUGAGGCGAAGGUUAUUAAGUUUGAUGUUGAUAGUAAUGGCGUUUUGCCAGCUGCCCCUUCUCCGGUUAUAAGUGCAGUUUCGGAGGAACGGCCGACAGGUUCUGGUUGUGAAGAAGUUGAAGAACCAAGUGUUUUACCUCUGAAGCCGGAGUUACCACCGACAAAGGGAAAUUUGAAUCUAGAUGGGCUUCCUGCCCUUGAUCUUUUCUCUGUUUAUGCGUUUCUGAGGUCGUUUAGUACAAUAUUGUUUUUGAGCCCUUUUGGGUUGGGGGAUUUUGUGACUUCGAUUAGAAGCAAGUCUCCUAGUUUAUUGAUUGAUUCUAUUCAUGUUUCUCUAUUACGGAUCGUGAGGAAGAAUUUACAGUUCCAGUCAAGUGAGAAUAUAACAUCAGCUACUAGCUGCCUAAGGGAUCUUAACUGGGAUCUCCUGGAUUUGAUGACAUGGCCCAUAUUUAUGGCUGAGUACCUACUAAUGAAAGCUGAUUUUGAUCUUGAUCGGUUAAAGUUAUUCAAGACUGACUACUACCAACAGUCGGAAUCUCUGAAGAUUGAACUGUUGCAGUAUAUAUGUGAUGAUGUCAUAGAAAAUGAAGCAAUUAGUUCUGAGCUUAAUAGGAGGAUUGUGGUAGGUGAACGUAUAGAUUCUGGUUUAAAUUCAAAAAUGGCGACUCCCAAGAAAAGGAGGUUAACAAUGGCUAUGGGCGAGGAGGUUAUUGAUGGAAGUGCAGAUUGGAACAGUGAUGAAUGUUGCCUAUGUAAAAUGGAUGGCAACUUAAUAUGUUGUGAUGGUUGCCCUGCCGCAUAUCAUUCAAAGUGCGUAGGUAUUGCAACUAAUCUGUUGCCAGAUGGCGACUGGUAUUGUCCAGAGUGUGUAGUUGACAAGAAAAAUCCCGAAGUUCAUGUGGCAAAGUCAAUUCGAGGAGCAGAUUUAUUGGGAGUUGACCCUCAUGGAAGAUUAUAUUAUAGUAGUUGUGGUUACCUUUUGGUGUCAGAUAAUGAUGCGGAAACUUCGUUUCAUCACUAUCACAUGGAUGACUUGACAGAUGUUAUCAACUCACUGAAUCUAUCGGAUGGUUCUUAUAGAGCUAUAUCGAAAGCCAUCACCAAGCACUGGCGUUCAUACACAAAACUUUAUGGAGAAAAAAGCAAGUUGAAUCCAGAAAAUGCUUCUUUAAGUGUGGAUCCUCUUCUGAAAACGGCCACAAAAUCUGUAUCUGAGUUUUCUGAGGAUGUCACAGGUACUAAAAGUUCCGUAAAAACUCGACGACGUUCGUUAAAUGCAUCUUCUGGGGUUGUAAAAAAUGUUGAUUCUUCAAGCAAUGAUGUUGAAUUACCUAAAACAACUACAAGGUUUGGAUUGGAUUAUCUCAAUUACUACAGUUUUGCUAGAGUGGCGUCAUCUGUGGCUGUAGAAUGGACACGGAAACCAUCAGACAAGACUUCUCAAACACCUACAAAGUCACUGGAGGAAUUGAUUUCAAUACAGAUGAAAUCUAUAAUGAAGACAUCUGUUGACUUCUGCUGGUCUAACACUCCAAAUUUGAGUGUGGAUGCACGAAAAGAAAAAUGUGGGUGGUGUCUUGCUUGCAAAUUUCCUACUGAUGAUGGGAAUUGCCUGUUCUUCAUGAAUAACCCUACUGAUGUGGAAAGUUUUACAAGUGACCUGUUAGGUUUUGACUCAAUAAUAAGCAGGAAAGAUCGUCUAAGGGAUGCCAUGUGUCAUAUUCUCUACAUUGAAGAUCGUUUGCGUGGUCUUUUGUUGGGUCCUUGGCUCAGUCCUCAAUUUCCAAACGUUUAUCGUAAAAGUUUUCUUGAGGCAUCAGAUAUUGUUCCGAUUAGAGACUUGUUGCUCAUGUUAGAGUCCAAUAUAUGGUCACGUGCACUUUCUGAUGACUGGCUGAAACAUGUGGAUUCGGUGAAAACGGUGGGCUCUGCUUCUCAUAUUAUCACAUCUAAGCUUCGUAUGCAAUCACAAAAUGUGAUUGGAAAGAAAAGAUUUACGUCUGGUUUGCAGCCCCAUUCUUUCAAAAGUGCAUACACUGGUCUUACCAUGUUUUGGUGGAGGGGUGGUAGGCUCACUCGAAAGAUUUUCAACUGGAAGGUUUUGCCUCGCUCCCUGGCUUGCAAAGCUGCCCGUGAAGGCGGGGGCAAGAAAAUUGAUGAUCUUUUAUAUCUUGAAAAUUCCGACUAUCCAAAGAGAAGCAAAGCUCUUGCGUGGCGAGCUUCUGUCGAGUCAGCAGUUACAGUGGAACAGCUUGCUCUUCAGAUUAGGGAACUUGAUGCAAACAUUAAAUGGGAGGAAAUCGAGAACACAAGUCAUCUGGCAAAGAUGGAUAAGGAAUCUAUAAAGACAAUGAGGUCAUUUAAGAAGGCUAUAGUCCGGCGUAAGACAUCUGAAGGAGCUGUUGUGAAAUAUCUGUUAGAUUUUGGUAAGAGAAGAUUUAUACCUGAUGCGGUUGUAAAACAUGGGUCUAAGAUUGAAGAGGCAUCAAGUGAAAGGAAAAAGUUUUGGGUGGAGCAGUCUAGUAUUCCGUUAUUUCUUUUAAAACCAUUUGAAGAGAAGAGAAUUUCACUCAAGUCCAAUAAAUUGAGUCUGAGUAGUCUUCCAGUUAACAUAAGAGCGGUGAGACCUGCAGAGAAAGACGUUUUCUCAUAUCUUCUUUCUAAAACAGAAAAACCUGAGAACCAUCUCUGUGGGCAUUGCAACAAGGAUGUCCUCGUCAGGAAUGCCAUUAGCUGCCGGUUUUGUGAAGGCUUUUUCCAUAAAGGACAUGUGAGGAAGACAACUGGAGGCACGCAUACGUGCCGCAAGUGCCAUGUUGGUGGCACAGUGAAUUCUAUACCCAAAAAGGGAAAGUCACAUUCUUGGAAUACCAAAAAAGCCUCGAAGAUCACCAAAAAGGGUGGAAAAGGAAAGCAGUUGGUACAAUCACAAGCCAAGACUAAAGGUUUUGUUGUACCGUUAAGACGAUCUGCACGCACAGCUAAAAUUGUUUCAUUGCAAAGUAAAAAGAAGCCUGUGAAGAAGAAAUAUAAAAAAGGAAGUAAAAAGAAGCAGCAAUUGCAAUCUACUGUAGAUGAAGUGGUAACACCGAAGGGUAAAAGAGGAAGGCCAAGAAAAAUAACUAAGACAAGUUUUCAAAGGAAGAGAACACACUUGUAUGCUAGUUACUGGCUCGAUGGUCUCCACCUGUCUAAGAAGCCUGAUGAUGAACGGGUUAUACAUUUUAAGGCCAAGAAUCAUCUUUUGCCUUUGGAGCCGUUGGAUUCCUUCAUUGAAAAACCUAUAUGUAGUCUUUGUCAUGAACCAGAAUUCAGAUCAUCUUUGAGUUAUGUUAACUGUGACACCUGCAGAGAGUGGUACCAUGGGGAUGCUUUUGGACUUACAGAUGAAUACAUAAGGGUUGUUAUUGGCUUUAAAUGCCAUAAGUGUCGUGAAAAGGUGGCACCUAUCUGCCCCCACUUACAUUCUAUUGGUGAUGAAACUCAACUGGCUGAACAGAAAAACGAGGGGACUCGAUCUGCUAACAAGCUAUCAAGUGAAGUACUUAUGAAGCAAAUGUCUAAUACCAUCAAAGAACAGAAUGAUUUGUUGAGUAAAGAGGCUUCUUUAAAACAACAAAAUGGGCAUGGAUCUAAAGAAGACAUGGCAGAAGAUGUAGAAAAUGGAUUUAAUUCUGAAGAGUGUGCAGAAGAUACACUUAUGGAGCCCGGUUUGGGGCCAGCAGAUGCAUCGAUUGAAGUGGAAAAUGGGCAUGAAUGUAAGGAAGACCGUGCAGAUGCACAAGAUGGGUCUAUUUCUGAAGAACAGCAUGGAGAAGGUACACAAAAUGGGCCUGAUUCAGGGCCAGCAGAUGCAUUGAUUGAAUUGGAAAAUGGAAGUUCGUUGGUACAGGAUGAAUCUUGUGCGGCAGUUGCACCAAAUGGUUCACUAAAGGCAGAAUAGGCAAAUACAAGUCUUGUUGAUCGAAGCAGAUCAAAAUCGUGGUGGGUUGGUAGAUAAACGAGAUUAGUCUAUAGAUUAGCUUUUAACUUAUGACCCAUAAGCUGGCUAAUCAAAUGAUGUGAUUGCCAUAGGGUUCAUUUUAUCCAGCAUAUUCUUACAUUGAGUUUUUAGGAAACACCAGGUGAUGAAACCAACUGCUUUUUUAGGCUUUUAGCAUUUUACUCAAUUAUAGAUGACAUUUCUUUGCUCUGCAA